AUGAGCGUCGCCGAUUCGUGGACGUUGGGCCCCAGCCCUCACGAGGCUUGGGUUCACCAUGGCCAGCCACAUGGCACCGAGUACAUCGGCAUCCAACAACAACAGCAGCAGCAGCAUCAACAACAACAACAACAGCAGCAGCAACAACAACAGCAGCAGCAGCACGUGUGGGCGAUGGGCGAGGGGCGGCUGCCGGCAGAUUCGUACCCGAGCCCCCUGGCCGCCCCCAACCCCGGUGGCUACGAGUUCGCCUCCAUGCCCGCCACUUCCUGCGUCAACGCUGAAUAUUUUGGGAUCCAGCCGCAACCGCAGCAGCCGCAGCAGCAGCAGGGGCCGCUGUUUUCGGGGUACAUGUCGGCUAUCGGUGACCAUUAUGAACCCAUAAUGAACGCUUUUGAAGGGGGUCUUACUGAGCAACAGCAGCAGCAACAGCAGCAGCAACAGCAGCAGCAGCAGGGCCUGCUGUUCUCCAGGGGCGGGGCGCAGCCGGGCGGCUAUGGCGCGGCGUUCCCCCACGAAUCCUCCGUCUACGACGAGUUUGGCUCCAUCUCCGUCGCGCCGGCCUUCCCGGGGCCCGGUUCGACCCCGGGCCCGGCCGCGAACCAGGCUCAGGGCCCUGGUCCCGGUGCCACCGUGGGUCCUGCAGAGCUGCAGCUGCAGCAGCAGCAGCAGCAACAACAGCAGCAGCAGCAACAGCAGCAGCAGCAACAGCAGCAGCAACAGCAGCAGCAGCAGCAACCGCCACCUCCCGCCUUUGACAUGAACGAUGGCCAAGGGCAUUUCCCCGCGGCCCCGGCUGCCCCCGCGCCUCCCACCCAGGGCAGGGGCAGGCCCCGGAAGGGCAAGGCAGCGGCUGCUGCUGCUGCGGCUGCUGCUGCCGCCGCCGCCGCCGCUGCGGCCAACGCUCCGGUGAGCUCCACGUCGUCGGUGGCAGGAGGAGGAGGAGGCGGUGGCGCCGGCGGUGGCGGUAGGGAGAUGAUUCCCGCGGCCGCUUGGACUGAUGUGACCGCCUACGAACAUCAUCAUCAGCAGCAGCAGCAGCAGUUGAAUGCACUUCACCAAAACACGCAGCAGCAGCAGCAGCAGCAGCAGGAUUCGUCCUCGUAUCUCUUCGGAGCUCCCAGCCGGGCGCCGCUGCUGCACCAGCAGCUGGUGCAGUACGAGCGGGGGGGGCCGCCUGCUCCUCACAGCGCGCUGAGGAUGCGGGGCGGCGUGGGGGGCCUGUACCACCCGCCCAGGGGAGGGGUGGACGCGUUACACACGCACCUCGCCGAAUACCCGCAGCAGCAGCAGCAGAGUCAACAGCAGCAGCAGCAGCAACACAUGCACUUGCAGCAGCAGCAGCAGCAGCAUUUUGGACAUGCGGCCAAAAGGGCACGCUCGGAGUUCUACCCGCACGGCGUUGUCGGGGAGCAGGGCCCGUGGCUCGCCUCGGGGGUGGCGCCGCCACCUCACCACCCGGCUCACCACCCGGCUCACCACCACCCUCCCCACCACCCUCACCCUCACCACCACCAACACCAUCAGCAGCAGCAGCAGCCUUCGGCGUACGGCGAGGCUGUGCCGCCCCUUUCUCACUCCGCGUUCCCGGCGCGGUUAAGUCCGUCGGCCCACCAUCACCCUCACCAUCAGCAGCAGCAUCCUCAACAUCCACACUCUCAGCACCAGCAGCAGCAGCAGGUGGCUGCGGCUGCUGCUGCUGGGCUGGGUUUCGGUUUCCGCAAGCAGAAGCUGGCGAGCGGCACGGCCGGCGCUCACUGCGGCGCCGUCUACCCGACGCUCACCCCUCCUCCGCCUGCUGCACCUCCUGCACCUCCUCAGCCACCGGCGGCGGCGUCGUCGCUUCCGGAGCAGCAGGCGCAGCACAACAACAACAUCAACAACAACAACGUCAACAACAACAACGGGCUGACCCAGCACGGCUUCCAGGGCCGGCCGUGGCCCCUGCCCAGUGACAUGCUGCCCCGCAAGGGGAAGCUGCUCUUGGCCGAAUCGGCCAAAGCCGGAGUGCACGGAGGCGCCGGCGUGGGUAACAACGGCGGUGGUGGCAGCAACGGCGGAGGCGCUAUCGGUGGGGUUGUGUGCGACUCCAUUCAGCAGCAGCAGCUGUAUGCUCAGCAGCAGCAGCAGCAUCAGCUGCUUGGGGGGUCUGUCUUACCGGCAGGCCUGUCCAACCUCCACUUUGGGCAGCAGCAGCAGCAGCAGCUGGAGCAGCAAAUGCAGAGCAGCCGCUGCGGUCAGCUGAGUCUGGAGAGCCUCCGCAUGCAACAGCAUCAGCAGCAGCAGCAGUUCAUGCCACAGAUGGGGCCGCUGUCGGCGAUGAUGCACAGUGAGAUGUGCAUCCCCAGCAAGAUGAGUCCCAGCCUGUACGCGGCACACCACCACCACCACCAACAACAACAUCAACAACAUCAACAACAACAUCAGCAACAUCACCAUCACCACCACCAGCAGCAGCAACAGCACCAGCAGCAGCUUGAGUUUGCAAUGCUGCGCGGCUCGCCGCACUUAAGGAAUAUGCAGCAGCAGCAGCAGGGCGGCGCGUGCUACCCGGGCGCGCAGGCCGGUGUGGCGAUGGCGCCGCACGGCUGCAGGGCCGUGCCGCACGCCGCGCCCCCCGGCGGCAAGUUUGGCGGCACGCUCGCCCUGGGGGCGCUGGCGCUCGGGGACGCCGGCGGCAAGGACGCCGCGGCGAUCGCCGGCGGCGGCAACGGAGGCGGCGGAACGGCGGCAGCGGGCGGAGGAGCGGGUGGAGGUGGUGGAGCGGCAGGAGGUGCAAUGUCGUCGUCUUUCGGGCAGAGCUGCCUGGCCGCUCUGUCCACGGCGUGCCAGAACAUGAUCGCCAGCCUCGGGGCGCCCAGCCUCAACGUCACCUACGGCAAGCGGCAGCAGCAGCAGCAGCAGCAGCAGGCCGGCGGCGGCGGCGGCGGUGGAGGGACGCCGUCGGGCGAUGGGAAAGGCAGAGGAGAGCAGGAGGCCCUCGGCGGAGACUUUGGGCCGCUGUCGUGCGCCGUGGAGACCGAGUCUCCGGCUCACGGUGGCACCGCCACGACCCCGACGGCGGCUCACCAGCAGGAGGAAGCCGGCAACGCUCACACGCCGCCCACUCACCACGGCGACGCCGGCGGGGGAGUUCUCUCCUCGCCCGGUGAGCGAGCUCCAGCGGCACUUGCUGCUGCUGCUGCUGGUGGCGGUGGUGGCGGUGGUGGCGGUGGUGGCGGUGGUGGCGGUGGUGGCGGUGGAGGAGGUGGAGGAGGAGGUGGUGCCAGCGGUGGGAUUGGGACGUCGUCCGGACGAGGAGGAUCCGAGAUCGUGACCACGGGGAGAGGGAGAGGCAGGGGUCGUGGCCGAAGGAAAAACAACAACAACAUCAUCAGUCACGGCGGCGGCGGCGCUGCUGGUACCGUAGCCACAACUUCAACGGCAGCAGCAGCAGCAGCCACAUCGACACCGGCGUCACAGAAUUGCAGUCCGGGUCUCAGAAACACGGCGACUCCUCGUGGCGGGGGCGGUGGUGGCGGCGAUUCGUCCGCUUCAACGUCCUCCCAGAUCACGCAGUCUGCAUCGUCGUCGUCGUUGUCGUCAGCGCCGCCGCCGCCGCCGUCGGCCGCGUCGGCGGCGGCGCCCGGCCCGGAGGCCUGCACCUCGUCCCCCGGCGGUUGGGCCUCGGGCCACCCGGACCUGCCGGCGUUGGGGGACAAGCAGAGCGACCUGCUGCUGGCGUCCCUCGACAGCGGCAUCCAGAGCCUGUCGCCGCCCAGCGACGCCUCGCCCCUCCUCGAGUUCUGCCCGGACCCCGGCGCCAUCGACGGCGUCAUCUCCUCCGUGGCGCUGGCGGCGGGGGGGCAGCCACCGCCGGGCGGAGGCCCUCCCGGCGGCGCUCCUCCUCCUCCUGCUGCCGCUGCUCCCGCCGCCGCCGCCGGAGCGUCGUCUUUGUCGGCAUCGUCAUCUUCUUCUUCUGCCCUUCCUCCUCCACCUCCUCCUCUCCCGCCGCAAUCGUCGUCGUCAUCCGCCGGCGGUGUGGGCGGCGCUCCUCCUCACUCGGCCGAGAUGGGGAUGAGCUCGCCAGGUGAGCAGCAAUCGUCGGGGCAAAUUCGAGUUCAGUCGAAUGACGUUCUUCUACAGCAGCAGCAGCAUCACCAGCAUCAUCAUCAGCAGCAGCUUCUCCAACAUCAGCAUCAACUGCAGCAGCAGCAGCAUCAUCAUCAACUCCAUCAUCAUCAUCACACGCAGCAGCAGCAGCAGCAGGGACAUCACCUAACGCUACAGCAGCAGCAGCAGCACACGAGGAGAGUGUACGGGUCGUCCGUGCUGGAGACCUCAGCCCCGUCAGACCACCACCUGCAGCCUCCUCAAGACGUCGCGAUGUCCUCGUCGUCCAACUCCUCCUCCUCCUCCUGUCCCUCGUCCUCGUCGUCCACGCCCGGAGUCGGCGGUGGCGGUGGCGGUGGCGGUGGCGGCUCGCCGUGGUUCGUCCACGCGGCUGACAAGGGCUCGCUGGCCACCUCGGGCGGCCUGGGUUGGCACCCGGUGCCCGGCAUGCACUGCGGAGGAUUCGGGAGUCAAGGAAGUUCGGCCGACGGUGAGUCACGGCUGCAAUGCACGCGUGUGCGCACCCACACGCGUUCUACCACACACACACGUGUAUCUAUAACACGCGUGCUACCACACACACACGUGUAUCUAUAACACGCGUGUACCCACACACACACGUGUAUCUAUAACACGCGUGUACCCACACACACACGUGUAUUUAUAACACGUGUAUACCCACACACGUGUAUCUAUAACACGUGUGUACCCACACACACGCAUCUACACGCGUGUAUCUCUAACACGUGUGUACCCACACGCGGACACCCAUCACAAAUGACAGCUCAACGAAGUGGCUUAUCAUCAUCGUCGUCGUCACGUGGACAUUUAUAGCACGUAGGCUUGCCCCGACACGUGCCGACACCACAAACACACAUGGGUACACCUACACACACGUGUGCACACACACACGUACACACACACGCGUACACACACCUACACACACACGUGUGCAUACACCUACACACACACACGCGCGUGCGGGUUUUGACUUUAC